UUUGACGUCAAGCUAUUAGCUUCCCAACGACAUGUUUAUUGUUCGAGCAGCAGGAUUAUGUCCUAAACUAGUGUUUAGGUUUGACUAGUCCAAUCACCCCAUAGUUAUCUGUUCCUAAUAUAUAAAUUGCCAUUUGCAGGCAAGUAUUGCACGAGAAGGACAAAUCAGCUCACGAGGGGCCACACUGACAACCAGGGAAGUAUCUUACAGGCAGAGCCACAUCAUCUGGCACCACCAUCACAAUAAUAGGCUAGUUGAUUACAUAAGCAUCACUUAGGACAGCCGCAUCAGCGGGCAACUACAACAAAGAUGGGGAACAGUGCAAUCAAAGCCCAUCUGGAAAACUCACAGAAGACCGGGAUCUUUCAGCUGACAGGGAAAGGUCUCCCCGAGUUCCCCGAGGAGCUCCAGAGGUUGACUGGAAACCUACGGACUGUAGAUCUGUCUUCCAACAAGAUCGAAGUGCUGCCUGCCGCCAUAGGAAACUUCCUUCAGAUGAAGAGUCUGACUUUAAACUGUAAUAAACUCACAAGUCUCCCAGAUGAAAUUGGGAAGCUUAAGAAACUAGAGACCCUUUUGCUGAACGGGAACCAACUGACGCAACUCCCUAGCACCGUAGGACAGUUGAAAGCAUUGCGCACCCUCAGCCUGUCUGGGAACAAGUUCCGGGAGUUUCCUGGCGGCCUCGGCUCCCUACGACACCUGGACGUCCUGGACCUGUCCAAGAACCACAUCCAGGCUGUGCCUGCUGAGGUAGCGGCCCUGCAGGCCAUUGAGAUCAAUCUCAACCAGAACCAGAUUUCAGUUGUGUCUGCGGAGGUGUCCACCUGCCAGAGGCUAAAGGUGCUGAGACUGGAGGAGAACUGUCUGGAGCUUGCCUCCAUCCCUGUGUCCAUCCUCACCAACUCCCAGGUGUCUCUGCUCUCUGUGGAGGGCAACCUGUUCGAGGUGAAGAAUAUGCGGGACCUGGAAGGGUAUGAGAAGUACAUGGAGCGCUUCACUGCAACCAAGAAGAAGUUUGCCUGAAGAAUAGAGAGAGGAGCGUCCCCCUGAGUGCAGCUUGUGCAGUACACACAAGCACCCUCCCUAGUGGUUGUCUUACUACAGUAUAUAUGGCUUCUGCACUACAGCAACAGGUUACAACAGAGCACUGAUUGAGAGCACGCUAUGAUCUGUGUAUGACAGUAACAGGAUACCAUGGAUGGUUAUAGAGAACUAUGUGAACAGUGGACGAUAGACAGUGCAUUCACUUACGAUAUUCAUAGAAAUUGCAUCUUGAAUACUAAGCUACUAAUUUUUGACAAAAACCUAAGCAGGUUAUACUUAAAUAGUACAGUGGGCAAAAAUGUCCCUCUACAUACAUUGACUUUUAACUGCAUCUAAAUUAUCAAACACUACAAUUGUUGCAGAAGGCAAACUCCUCGGUUCAGUAUCAGGUGGUGUUGUUUUGCCUGUCAGAGAUAGCAUUUGUCCCGUGACCAGCAAGCGAAUGAAAACUGUAGUACAGAUUUAACAGAAUGUCAAAGCAGUGACAAUUGCACUACAUAGACCCAGAAUGAGAUAAUUAUUUUAAAGCUCCUUUUUGCAUUAAGGCUUACCCUGUGGAUCUGGAAUGGGAUGUCACAUUUGUUCUGUCGCUCUGGUCCAGAGUGUUUAUUUUCAGCUGAGGAAGUCUCUGCAUCAGCAUGCCGCACAUAACUCCUUGGACCAGAGCUAGAUUUUCUGGUGCGAGAAUGAAGAAAACCACAGCCUAAAUGUAAACAAAUCUAUACUGAACAAAAAUAUAAACGAUUUUAUUGAGUUACAGUUCAUAUAAGGAAAUCAAUCAAUUUAAAUAAA